GGCAUGUACAGCGACGUCAGGAAGCUGGUGGCCGACGCCCAAGCCGCCAUCGGCCAUCAAACCGAGGUGCCAGGCAGCGACGCCAGUGCGGCCUCCAAGCUGGUGCUCUUUCACUCGCCGACGUCGGUCUGCAGUGAGAAGUGUCGCACGGUGCUCUUCGAGCUCAACCUGCCCUUCACUUCCCACGCAGUCAACAUCCUGGCUCACGACAACUAUCACCCAGCGUAUGUGGCCCUGCGUGUGGCGGCUUGGCAGCAGAGUGGCCUUCCCAUGGCCGGCGAGAGCGACUAUGAGUGGACGGGCAGCAGCAGCGUGGCGGCCAACGGCGUGGACUGCUGCGUGGUGCCCACCUUAGUGGAUAUGAGGGGCGACGGCGAACCCAAGAUCGUCAUCGACUCAUCGGCCAUCUGCGAGCACCUGAUGGCCGGCACCGGCCUCCUGCCGGCCGACCCACACAAGGCGGCGAUUAUAGAGAAGCACAUCAAGCUGGUGGACGAAGUGCCCCACCCCGCGCUGCUGUAUGAAGGCAAUUCCGUGCACGACAACCGCCCCUGGUUCGCCAAGGUCAUGAUCGGCAAGGCACACUCCGGGCAGAUCGCCGCACUCAAGAAGCGCCUCGCCGAGAAGGGCAAGACAUGGGAUGACCCACUGCUGGAAAGGGCCUACAAGGCCAAGGUCAACAAGACCAAGAAGGGGCUGGCCGCGCCGUCCAAGCCGACAUACCUCACAGCAGCUGUGGACAAGACGAUGAGUGUGCUCAAGGAGCUGGAAGCCGACCUGGCGGCACACGACGCAGAUGGCGGCAGCAGCUAUGUCUCCGGCGACAGCAUCACUGCGGCAGAUCUGUUCCAAGCCGUCAAUCUGCACCGCCUGCUGCUGCUGGGCAACAGCUGGAUGUGGCAGGACCUGCCCCAUGUGGCAGCAUUCGCCGACCGGAUGCUGUCGCGGCCGUCGAUCCAGAAGGCCGUGAUCACCUACCCCGGCAUGAUCCCCUCACGGCCGACAGCCGACCUCAUCACGAAGGAUCAAGGCUUCAUCGCUGGCUUCAUCCACGGCAGACGCGUCGAUUUCCUCAACAGCCUCGUGUUUGUCAUGCGACUUAUCGGCAUGGCUUAAGAUGGGGUCUGCCCUCCUUUGGCAUCACGUGCACGAGCUCCGAGAGGGUGCUCUGUAGGUGAUUGACAGGGCGGAGGUGCGUUGUGGAUGUAUGUAUGUGUGUGGAGUGAGGGAGAUUUACUGUGUUUUGCUGUCUCUCAGUGGCUCAUCCGAUCGACGAAGGGCAAAGGAGUGCUCUUGCUGCAUGCAGAAGCCAGCACAUAGAUGCCUGGCUGGCGUGGAGGAUUGUCUGCCUGUCUGACUGUACGACGCGGUUUUUGUAGAUGGAAGGGCAGUCAUUUGGAGUCAGUUUGGAUGUGUGAGGGCUCUGCCGCUUGCUUGAGAGUGUGUGUGGCGACACUUUCUGAUUCCGUCGACACACUUGUCUGCCGUAAACAAUCCUUCCGACCAGCAGCAGGUUUAUGACUAUGAAUAUGAAUGGCGCCGAAAAGGUGCUCUGUGAUUGACUAGGUCGUGUGUGAAGGCGGCAAGGGAUGUGGUGUGUUAGGGUGUGAAGUUGACUCCGAACAGUCAAUGUACAUCGUAUGUGUUUGCAUCUGUCUUGCUCUCUGGGUCUGAUGCGGUGGGGCUGACGCUCUCAGUCAAGUGUCCAUCCAUCAAUGGUUUC